AACAAGCGCAUCGGGGAGCAUUCCUUUGACCAGACCCUGACCCACUAUAACAGGUACAGUAAACAAACAAACAACAAAGUACCACCUGUCCUGUUUCUCUCCCUGGUUUCAACCAAGACUGCAGGCCCAUAGUGUACUUUUUUACUCAAGUCAAUGUAAAGCUGUUGAAAACCAGUGUUCAUCAAUCCUGUCCUGGAGACUCAAAGGGUGCUGAAUCAAAUGUGUUAGUGGUGAGCUAAAACGAAAGGUUGCACAUCCUGUGUUGAUCUCCAGAACAGGGUUUUGAUUAAUACUGGCUUAAUGAAACCUGUGUGGUGUGUUCUCAUGUAAUUUGAAACUGGGUUUUAGAAAAUCCAAUAGCUAUAGCUCCCUUCAUCACAUGACCCUUUGACCCUUGAUCUCUCAGGGCCCUGGCGCUGAACUGCGACGCCCCCAUUAAUGACAAGGACGGGGCGGAGUCCAGGAACUGGCGUGCGGGGAAGCCGGUGAGGGUGGUGCGGAGCUCCAAGGGACGACGCAUCAGCAAGUACGCCCCGGAGGAGGGCAACCGCUACGAUGGCAUCUACAAGGUAUACUAGCUAUGGCACUAACUUCUAUCAUAUGAAAUUGCAAUAUAUACUUCCAUGCAAUAGUAUUUUGUUUGUAUUGCCAUAUUGGUUGAUACUUAGAAGGCAUGCCCAUUACAUUGCAUUAUAGUGUGGAUAUUGGAAUGGAGCCCUAGUUGCUCCCUGCCAGUCACUCAACCUCCUCUCAGGAACAUGGACUGGAGAAGGGCCUUUUGGAUCCUUUCUGCGUUACCUCUCUCCUAGGCCCUUGUGACAAACUGUUAACAGCCGUUUGGUUGUAAAAUCUGAAAUUCAUUACAAAUGUAAUACAAACAGUAUCAAAAUAAAUCAGGUACAGAUAUUGUUGGGGCCUGGUCCUCAUUAUGAGUCAUGCUUUUUGAACACAUCUUGAUUUCCUCAGAUGGGCCAUUACGGUAAACACAACACACAUGGUUUCAGGGCUGUAGCAAUCACUAACAAGACAAGAUUAGGAAAUAUUUCAUCUGCUCUUUUUGCCAUCCUUUUUUAAAUGAAGAAUUUUCAUUAAUACAAUAUUAUUUUUAGUACUAUCCCUGUCUUACUAUAAACUCCUGUUAGUUCUUCACUGAUGUUGCUGCUGUCUAACUAUGUGCCCAUAGAAAUAUAAUUUAUAGAACGGACAUUCCCAUUCAAGUCUGUGUUCCGUGGAGUGCCAGUAAUUCUAUUUCUGCGUAUGUCUCAGGUGGUGAAGUACUGGCCGGAGAUAGGGAAGUGUGGUUUCCUGGUGUGGAGGUACCUGCUGCGGAGGGAUGACCUGGAGCCUGCUCCCUGGACACCUGAGGGCCUGGAGCGCAUCCAGAAACUGGGCCUGGCUGUGCAGGUGAGUGAGGGUCCUCUGUCCACCUGCAUUUGUUUAAUAGGACAUUAUGACAGUAUGAGAAGAAUAGGACAGUUUUGGUUAUGACUGCUGUUUCAGUGGCUGUCCCUCUUUUUAUGUCUUAAUUUCUCAAAUUAAAGGUGCAAUAUGCAGAAAUCGCUCCACCAUUUCCUUGUUGGAAAAAUGUGAAUAGUUCGCCUAAUUUCAGUUUAAGUGACAAAACAAGCAAGAAUCAUUGUACCAUCUAAACCACUGUGAAAUAUAUUUUCGAUAACCACAAAUAUUGUAUUGAUCCUUUGUCCUUUGUUUGUUAAAGACAGUUGAUGUUUUUAUCUGACUGUCUGACUGUCUCUCUGUGUGCCCCUACUACAGUAUCCUCUGUGUUUUCAUAUGACUCUGUGUCUCUUUGCCUCUACAGUAUCCUCCAGGCUACGUGGAGGCCAUGGCCAACAAGACCAAGAAGGAGGCUAACGCUCGACCAGGGUCCACUAGGAGCAAGAAGCAACCUGGACGGGGCCGGCCACGGCUACACCCCCUGGAGAAGAAGGUGAAGGAGGACGAGAAGAAGCCCAUGGAGGGUACAGAAGAACAGCCACAGAGCAACGGCAGUCAGAAGACACCCAAGGACAAGGAGACAGGUACCUGUUGAGACACAGCUAGGAAUAUAGCCAGACAGAAGAGAGAUGUAUUUUUAGCUUUGUGUGUACAGUAUACUGUAUAUCUUGUGCACUGCUAUGUGCGUGCAUGAGCGGAAUUGCCACUAGGGAAAGGGGGGAGGGGGGAUUUCCAAUAGAUAUGAAACUAGUUAUGACAAGGCGUUUCGGGGGUUGUUUUGAAGGUGUCAAAUAAAAUGUUACCCCAUCUUUGAAUAGAAUUGAUACAUGUACAUGCAUCCAUAAACAAUGUGUGUUGGUGUGCUUUGUCAGAGGUGUGUAAGGAGUCGGCGGAGCCCCCAGCCAAGCGUCAGAAGAUGGAGGAGGCGUUCAAGCUGACAGAGCAGCAGCAGAGCCUCAUCAAGGAGGACCAACCCAACAAGAAGAACUGGGACGAGGCCAUGCAACACCUCAAGGAUGGGCCGGUAUGUAUACAACACCACCCUACCUCAGUCACCUCACUAACUACCUCACCUCACUAACUGGACUAACUACACUGAACAAAAAUAUAAAUGCAACAUGUAAAGUGUUGGUCCCAUUUUUCAUGAGCUGAAAUGAAAGAUCCCAGAAAUGUUCCAUACACACAAAAAGCUUAUUUCUCUCAAAUGUUGUGCACAAAAUUGUGUACAUCCCUGUUAGUGAGCAUUUCUCCUUUGCCAAGAUAAUCCAUCCACCGGACAGGUGUAACAUGUCAAGAAGCUGAUUAAACAGCAUGAUCAUUACACAGGUGCACCUUGUGCUGGGGACAAUAAAAGGCCACUCUAAAAUGUGCAGUUUUGUCACACAACACAAUGCCACAGAUGUCUCAUGUUUUGAGGGAGCGUGCAAUUGGCAUGCUGACUGCAGGAAUGUCCCAAUAGAGCUGUUGCCAGAUAAUCUAAUGUUAAUUUAUCUACCAUAAACCGCCUCCAACGUCGUUUUAGAGAAUUUGGCAGUACAUCCAACCGGCCUCACAACCGCAGACCACGUGUAACCACACCAGCCCAGGACCUCCACAUCCGGCUUAUUCACCUGCGGGGUGAUCUGAGGAGGGGGAGGGGGGCUGCUGAGGAGUAUUUCUGUCUGUAAUUAUGCCCUUUUGUGGGGAAAAACUCAUUCUGAUUGGCUGGGCCUGUCUCCCAAGUGGGUGGACCUGGCUCCCAAGUGGGUGGGCCCCUGCCCAGUCAUGCGAAAUCCAUAGAUUAGGGCUUAAUUAAUGUAUUUUAAUUGACUGAUAUCCUUCUACACAAUACUGCCUCACAAUGUAGUCUCCUGACGUACUACUUCUUAACAAUAGCUGAACCAACACAAGAGUCUCAGCUAGCUACACAACCUAACUACAACCUCGUCAGAGAACAAUAUUGACAUAUGAUGCUGUGGUUACCAUAGGGCUUGUAUGCACUCCUAUUAUAUGGAGAAAAUGAAAUGGAAGCAGAUGAUCCAUGGCUAACAAGGAUGUGUGAUGCUGCUGUUAUUAUGGUGACAGCUGUGCCUUUAUUUCCUGUGUUCCUGUCUUUCUCUGUAGAACUUCCUGAGGAAGGUGGAACAGACCUUCAUGUGUGUCUGCUGCCAGGAGCUGGCCUACCAACCGAUCACCACUGUCUGCGCACACAACGUCUGCAAGGUGUGUAACGUGUGUGUGCGGUUGCAUGCGUUGUAAUGAUUGUUUGCUGGACUAUAACUGAUGACUAAUUGUGGUGUAGUAAUGUAAAUGAUAAACAAAAGUCGAAAAAGUAUGAUGACAUGACAAAACAAGAUAUUAGAUAUGUUGAAACAACAAAGAUCUAAGGGAUCCUUGAAGAACACCACAAGAUAUCAUAGCCUUAUUAAGUAUGAAGCACACCGAGAAUCUCACUGCCGAUAGGUACUUAUCACAGUGGGAAGCCGUUCCUUUUCUUGCUAGAACAAAAGAGGUACCUGCUGCGUGCCGACUCGGUAGCGACGAACCGACCGAUUCUACUUGUAGAAUCGCAAUGCUCGUCAGUGGCCAACAACUUGACUUUGAGCCAGUCAGAGAGCACGAACCCCCAUGUGGAGGAGCCAACGGAUCAAACAGUCACACUUCAUAUAGCUAGCUAAGUGCACAGACACAAUGCACACAACACUAAAUACUUCCUUAGCUAGCUAGCGAAUAUGCUAACGUUAGCUAGCUAGCUAAACAUUUAGCUAUGGGCUGGCACUGGCAGUAUAGGAUUAUGGAUAGUGAAUUAAAUUGUUUCUUCGUCAUCUUGCUAGGUAGUUAUCUAGCUGUGGCCAUCUGGGUAGUAUCAACAAGGGCUUUCUACAACUUAGCAAGAUAGUUUUGAAUCUAAACCAUAAGCAAUAGGCACGGAUAUGCAUGACCAAACAAUGCUACUGCCACCUUCUGGUUUGGAGUAUUCUAAUAACAAGGAUGAGUGGCUUCCAGGGUGUUUGCUGUGUGAAAACAAAAGGGGAUUGACUUCUGACACUGUUCAGAGGUGCUAAAUACUGUUGACGGGCAAACGUUUGACAAUCCUACCAGUGUGUCUGAGCUUUUAGAUACCCAUGCUGUUCUGUGACCUGUGGCAUUCUCACUCUGUCUCUCACUCUCUCCCUCCCUUCCUCCACCCCAGACCUGUUUGCAGCGGUCUUUCCGAGCAGAAGUGUACACCUGCCCUGCAUGUCGACACGACCUGGGUAAAGAUUACGUC